GCCUUAUCGAAGCAAGAGCACAUUCUUGCAUUACCCAGUAGCGGUGAUCAUGCGUCUACAGCUACUUCUGCUUGCGCUGGGCGUCUGCGCGUUUGCGCAAAGACCGAACUCCCAAAUUCGGAUAUACGAAUCAGCAUUCAAGUUCUUGACGAAGGCUACAUGUCACAUAGCAGAUACCGAAGUCUCCAAACUCGGUGCAAACUUCAUCACCUUCAAUACUACAAUAGGAUCCGGCGAAGUCAUAUUGAAGACGAGCCUUAGCGUCGACAAAUUUGUAUGUCCGAUCCUCGACUCUUACAUAUCGGACAAGGAUGGCAUACAUUUCUCAUCAAGUCAAGGCGUGUGGAGAAUGAAAGGACUUUGGAGUGCAGUUUACCACAAUCCGUUCGGUCUUCCUAUUGAUUCAUCCGCAAAUGGAGACGCAGUACUAUCAGCCACGGACUUGGACGUUGAUCUAGCUGCGAAAAUCGUGGUAGGAGCUGAUAAACAUCCGCAACUACAGAUGGGUGAAUGCAAAGCGAAGCUGGGCGUUUUUGAUUACAAGUUCAACGGCAAAUUUGCGGAUCUUCCAAAUAUGUUUAAUGACUUUUUGGGGACCAUAGUCAAAAAUAUCGUCAAAGACUUAGCCUGCCAAAUUACGCAAAACACAAUUUUGACUAAAUACAAUGAGGUAAUCGCGAAAAUCCCACUUCAUUACGAACUUCCGUACAACUUCUCUCUCGAUUGGGCUCUCUAUGAACCUAGAUACACAAACAAUCUCGUCGAAAUGAAAGGUGCGGCAAAAGUUGCAUAUGGCAAAAAGCCUUGUGAAAGCCAUGUUACGUAUGAUGAGGUCUUUCAAGGAUUCAAGAAUGAAGAAAGCGCUAAGGACGUAGUAAUAUGGCUAGGACAAAGUCUCUCUGCUUGCGCUCUCAAGAGCGUGCAUGAAUCGCAAUUAAUCAAACUCCCCAUCAACAUAGAUAGCCUUCCAGACUACAAGGACAGACUUAGUACCAGAUGUGGAGGAUGGUUGAUCUUUAAAGGCGGUUGCAUCGGAGCGGCUCUGAAAGGUCUCAGUAAGGUUGGGGAUUAUGCAGAACUGCUUCUCUUCACAGCAGAAGCGCCACAAAUAAACUUAAAACAAGGUUACGUCGAAAUCUAUGGCAAAUUCGGCGCAGAAGUGUAUGAGUAUCCAAUGGAAAAGCAUCCUAAGGUUCUUGGCAAGAUAUUAAUCACUGCCACUGCAAAGGUAAAGCCCAAGAUUGUCAAUAAACAUCUCAUCGGCGAGUGUGACACUGAUGACAUCGAUCCUAAACUCGACAUCGUGAAAGGUUACAAGAUCACAGGAUUCACAUUUGGAUACGAGAAAAUCACAAAAGGAAUAUUCAAAAAGGUUUCUAAGGUAUUGUUCUUCGCAAUUCUUCAAGCGGGACUGCCGCUACCAUCAUUCGAUGGUGCUGCCAUAUCAGACAAAACCCAGAUAGACGUCUUUGACAAGGUCAUUCGUAUAAAUAUGGGCCUUGAGCUGAACGGCAAGUAAGAGCUUGUGCAUAUCGCAGGGAAUCUUAUUCGGAUAACGUUUGCGCUCCAAUAAAGAUUGUAAUCAUUAUUU